AUGAUCCGCUGCCACAAAACGCUGAGUCGUUUGCCCACCGCACUGACGCCCGGCGCCAUUGCGCAUCGAAAACAGUCAUUCCCCUCCAUAACUAUCCCUGCGCCGAUCCCCCGCAACCCCACCACCGCUGCCGCCAUUCACAGCACCGCAAACUCAGCACUCCACACCGCGCCCGCUCUCCUCCGCAUGGCAAACUCAAAGUUUGAGUACGUCCGCGCCUUCGAGCGCCCCGACCCCCUCCUCCCCAACACCUUCAUCGUCAUCCGCCUCGACGGCCGCUCCUUCCACUCCUUCAGCGCCCGCCAUGCCUUCACAAAACCCAACGACAUCCGCGCCCUCCACCUCAUGAACGAGGCCGCCGCCGCCGUCGUCCGCGACCUCCCCGACAUCGCGAUAGCCUACGGCGUGUCAGACGAGUUCUCGUUCGUCCUUCGUCGCGAAACACAGCUGUUUGAGCGCAGAGAGGCAAAGCUGGUCACUACGGUGUGUAGUAGUUUUACGAGCUGGUAUAUGUUUUUGUGGCCGCAGUUCUUUCCAGAGACGCCGUUGGUGCCACCGUUGCCGUCGUUUGAUGGCCGCGCGGUGUGUUAUCCUACGCUCGGGAAUGUGAGGGAUUAUUUGAGCUGGAGACAGGCGGAUUGUCAUAUUAACAACCUCUACAACACUACGUUCUGGGCGCUCGUGCAGCAGGGCGGAAUGACGACGCAGGAGGCUGAGGAAGAACUCAAGGGCACCUUCGCGAAAGACAAGAACGAGAUCCUGUUCUCGCGCUUCAAGAUCAACUACAACAACGAGCCCGAAUUCUUCAAGAAAGGUAGCGUCAUUUUUAGGGACUAUACCGACGUUCUGCCCUCUCCUCCUCCCGCUUCCUCUUCCCCCGCCGCUACCACCACCACCACUGCCGAGGCACAUGAGACAGCGACCACGGCGGUGCCAAGGGAAAAGUCAAAGACGCAGAUCGAGAAGGAGAAGAAGCGCACGAAGAAGGCGCAGGUGGUGGUGGAGCAUGUGGAUAUCAUCCAGGAUGUGUUUUGGGAGAAGAGGCCGUGGAUACUGGGGGAUCGAUGA